UGGGGUUAGAGUAUGGCUAGAGUUACAAAUUUUUUUUCUGACUAGAUCAAUUCACUUAUUUGUCGUUUAAUUCAGGGAGAAGUUUGCUUAAAUCAAACUCCGGACUCUUAAUACACUUCGUUAAUAAUUUUCUCUUUUUCUAAUUUCGCACUACGUGUACAGGAGGAAGACAUUUAGUGUGAUAGGAACAGAAGACAAAAACAAGAAGAUAUGGAUUUCAGAGAUUACUUUAUUGAGGUUUUGUUGUUGUUGUUGUUAACAUAAUUCUGUAAGUGCUUAUUCCUAUUGUGGUCCAGAUAGAUAGAUAGAUAGAUAGAUAGAUAGAUAGAUAGAUAGAUAGAUAGAUAGAUAGAUAGAUAGAUAGAUAGAUAGAUAGAUAGAUAGAUAGAUAGAUAGAUAGAUAGAUAGAUAGAUAGAUACUUUAUUCAUCCCAAUGGGAAAUUUACAAAUAAAGGGAAAGAUGUCAAAAUAGGUGAUGGAAAUGAAAUGAAAGUUCCAAUAUGUAAAGUGUAUAGUUACAGUUGGUGUAAAUGGUGUUAAUUAUGGAAUUAUGUGUGUCUUCGUAAAAUCGAUUAAUAGAAAUGGUUUUAGUUUGGACUGACAUUAGCUAUUAAAGCUAUUAGUUAUUAAAAUAAAAUGUCCGAAAUAUUUGUGUUACGUUUGUAGUAGUAGUAGUAGUAGUGACUCCUCCACACAGCCAGGGGGCGCAGGAGCGACCAGCAGCACGCUCACCGCCCGGAAAAACAACCAGCAAAGAAGAAACGCAUAGAGCCGCACGCGCGUGUGAAUGAAGAUGGGCAAAAGGAGGCGAAAACAUCCGAAUUUAAAGAAUUUAACCAAAAAACAGAAGAAACAUCUGAAAGAAUUCGGAGAGCAACAUCCUUUCGAUGACAAGUCAGCGGUUCCUCAGCUAUAAAUAUGGUGUCACUGAAAGACCUGAGAAAACACAGAUCGUCCACUUGAAAGAGAGAUGUUCCUCCUCGGGUUCUGAGAGCGAUGGAGAAGUGGAGGAGGAGAAACCCAGCGCCUAUGAGAAACUGCUGUUGAGCAUAAACACCGGUGCUGCUGAGGAUGAUGAUGUCAGUGAGGAAGAGGAAGACAGUGACGAUGCUGCGGAGGAUCUGGAUGAUGCUUGUGAAGAGGAUGAUGAAGCUGCAGAGGAAAGUGGUGAAGGUCAUGAUGGUGAUGAGGCUGCAGGCUUCUCUGAGGAAGAGGAAGCUCUAGGAGGAGGGAAGCAGGAGAAGGAGUUCACUGAUGAAACACAUGAAGCUGAGUUCAGUUUGGAGCUGAAUCUUCCUGCAGAUGGAGAGCAGGAGAAACACCACACGUCCAGAGAAGACAUGUUUGUGGAGCAUCAGGAAACAGAGCUGAGUGAAGUCGAGGUGAACAGAAUCUCAAGUGGAUCCAAACUCAGGACUCAGGUUAAGUGGUCCAGGCUUGGUGUCCUGCACUGCUCACUUCCCCUCGAGCGCUUCCCUGCCGUGGUUCCGUCCUCGUCCAUCUCUCUCCCGAUUUUCCAUAAAACUCUGGAGACGAAGGUGUGCACCCUUGGUCACUCCUCCACACCUGAAGGGGGCGACGCUGCAGGACUCACUGACCUGCAGGACGAGUUGCUGAGGCUCAUGGGUUCCUACAGGGACGUUUAUUACCCAGAAUGCUCUGUGCUGAACGGGGUAGCGGAGACUCGGCAGGUGUACUGUCUCCACGCUCUCAACCACGUCCUGAAGGCCAACUCCAGAGUGCUUACCCACAAUGCCGUGCUGAAGGAGGCGAAGGCCGAGGACGAGUUUAGGGAUCAAGGGCUCACCAGAUCCAAAGUUCUAAUCCUGGUUCCGUUUCGAGAAGCAGCGCUCCGCGUGGUCCAGACCUUCAUCUCCCUGCUGGAGAGCGACGGGAAAAAGAUGGACGUCAGCAACAAGAAGAGGUUUAAAGACGAGUACGGAGAGGUGCCCAGCUCCAAACCGGCCGGUCUCCACCGACCCGAUGACCAUCACGCCAUCUUCUCUGGGAACGUGGACGAUCACUUCAGGAUCGGCGUGUCCAUCCUGAAGCGCAGCAUGCGUCUCUACUCCCCAUUCUACUCCUCUGACAUCAUCAUCGCAUCUCCUCUGGGUCUGAGGACGCUGAUUGGUGCAGAAGGAGAGGCUCAGAGGGACUUUGACUUCCUGUCGUCUGUGGAGCUGCUGGUUCUGGAGCAGAGUGACGUGUUCCUCAUGCAGAACUGGGAGCACGUGCUGCACGUGAUGAAGCACAUGAACCUGCAGCCUCUGGAUUCUCAUGGUGUGGAUUUUUCCCGUGUGCGCAUGUGGAACCUGAACAACUGGGCCAGGUUUUACAGACAGACACUGGUGUUCAGCUCCAUCCAGGAACCACAGAUCAACAACAUCAUCACCAAGCACUGCUACAACUACAGAGGACAGGUUUCGGUUAAAAAUCUUCCUAAAACAGGCUCCAUCUGCCAGGUGCUGGUCCAGCUGCCACACGUCUUCCAGAUGUUUCAGACGGACAGUUUCAUGGACCAGGACGACAGGUUCCAGUUCUUUGUGGAUAAGGUUCUCCCGCAGUACCGGGACUCGGUGAUGUCACACACACUCAUCUACGUGCCGUCGUAUUUCGAUUUUGUGCGUGUGAGGAACUUCCUGAAGAAGGAGGACGUGAGUUUCUGCGUGAUCAGCGAGUACUCGGAGAGAUCGGAGGUUUCCCGCGCGAGACACUACUUCAACAACGGAGAGAAACAGUUCCUGCUCUUCUCCGAGAGGUUCCACUUUUACAAGAGGUACACCAUUAAAGGAAUCCAGAACAUUAUUUUCUAUGCUCUGCCCACGUACUCUCACUUCUACAGUGAGGUGUGUAACAUGCUGCAGGUCAGCGGCUCUGACGGUGUGUCCAGUUCAGCCAGCUUCACCUGCACGGCUCUGUACUCUCGCUACGACGCUCACAGACUGGCAGCGGUCACCGGGGCAGAGCGAGCCGCCAGCAUGAUCCGAUCCAACAAGUCUGUCCAUCUCUUCAUCACGGGGGAGGAGACGCGUGUGUGAGAGGGAGGGAGGGAGGGA